AUGAAGCUCUCGCUCCUCCUCGGCCUUCUGCCGCUCGGCCUAGCGCUCGACAACCAGACUCCUGCGCCAGUACUCGAGCCCAGGGCAGUAAAGCAAUCCGAUUUCGAUAAUCAGACAUACUGGGAAGUUUUGGCCAAGUCUCAAGGACGUAGCCUCUGCUUUCUCAGGACCGGCUACGGCAAAGAGGAUGACGCCCUCAAGAUUUCCGAUGCCCUGAACAAGAAGUGUCGGAAGAAGGGCAUGGUGGUCUUCCCCGACAAGGUGUAUCACAUGAAGUCCAACAUCACCACGAUGAAAUUGGACGAUGUUCACAUCCAUCAGAAGGGUCGGCUACGGUGGUCUACAGAUAUUGACUACUGGUUGAGUGUGUCCAUGCCAAUCGGGUUCCAGAAUCAGAGUACAGUAUGGUACUUUGGCGGAGACAAGGUUGUCUGGGAUGGAUACGGCCACGGAACACUUGAUGGCAACGGUCAGGUCUGGUAUGACUGGGCGGCGGGCCGAGGAAACCUGCCCCAUCGUCCGACGAUGAUCAACUUCAACAAGUUCACCAACUCCAUUGUUCGUGGAAUGCGCUUUGUCCAGAGCCAGAUGUGGACCAUGACCACCACACACUCAAAGAACCUGGUGUUUGAUAACAUUUUUGUCAACAACACUUCCAACAGCAAGCACAGCACCCUCAACACCGAUGGUAUUGACACGAUUUGGUCUGACAACAUUACGCUCAGCCGGUGGGAUGUCACCUCUGGCGAUGAUAACAUUGCCCUGAAGGGAAACUCCAGCAACAUCAAAGUUCUCGACAGCAUUUUCCGCGGAGGUCAAGGUCUUGCGAUUGGUUCUCUGGGUCAAUACAAAGGCCAAUACGAACACAUUGAGAACUUUUACGCUCGUAACAUCACCAUGCUUGGAACCAAGUAUGUCAUCUAUCUGAAGACCUGGCCUGGUGUUCAAGACGGCUACCCUCCCAAUGGCGGCGGCGGCGGCCUCGGCCAUGGCAAGAACAUUGUGGUCGAAGACGUCACGAUUGAUACCGGCCGGGGCACUCCAUUCUGGUUCCAGCAAUGCGAGCAAUACCAAGGCAACCAGGGCAAGGACUGCGACUCUUCCAAGUUCACCUUCUCGGACAUCUACUUCAAGAAUGUCAAAGGAACGAUGAGGAACGACGGUGCUGAGAAGGCAGCCUAUCUCCGCUGUAGUCUGGCUGGCGGUUGCAAGAACGUGACCAUUGAGAACUUUGGCGUCACGCUCAAGGACGACAAGGCCGUCCUAGACCGUUUCUUGUGCUCCAAUGUGAAGGAUACUCACGGUUUCAAGUGCCAAGACAUCACAUCCUAG